GCAGCCAUAAUCCCCAGUCCCAAUGGUCUUUGGUGGGGAUUGCUGGGAGUUGACGUCCAACAACAUCUGGGGACACAACGUUGAGACGAUUUAGAGCCGUGCGUUAGUCUAGUCGCUGUUUACCUCUAUGGUCCUGACCAGAAGACCGGGGAAGGCCCUCUGGCGCAUGCGCGAUCAUCUUCCCCAGCAAUGAGAGUCUUAGUAGGCGGUGGAUCUGGAUUUGUGGGCAGGACGUUAACCCAGCUGCUGAGGAGCCGAGGCCAUGAGGUGACCCUUGUUUCCCGCCGCCCUGGGAAGGACCGGAUCUCCUGGGAUGAACUUUCCCGCUUGGGCCUCCCUCCCUGUGAAGGUGCAAUCAACCUGUCUGGGGAAAAUGUCCUUAACCCUUUUCGCAGGUGGAAUGAAUCCUUCUGCCAGAAAGUCAUUGCCAGCCGAGUGGAGACCACAAAGACUUUGGCAAAAGCCAUUGCAGAGGCUGAAAACCCACCUCACGUCUGGAUCCUUGUCACCGGCGUAGGGUAUUAUCGGCCCAGCCGCACCAUUGAAUACACAGAAGACAGUCCUGGUGGAGAUUUCGAUUUCUUCUCCCGCCUGGUGACCCGUUGGGAGGCGGCUGCUAAGGUCCCCGGCAAUGCCACCCGCCAAGUGGUGGUGAGAUCUGGGGUCGUGCUGGGCCGGGAUGGGGGCGCCAUCGCCCAGAUGUUGUGGCCCUUCCGCCUGGGCCUGGGGGGCCCCAUCGCUUCUGGCCUCCAGCCUUUCCCCUGGAUCCACGUGGCGGAUUUGACAGGCAUCUUGGCUCACGCCCUGGAGAACGGGAGUGUCAACAAGGUCCUGAACGGCGUCGCGCCCUCCGCUGUCACCACCACGAACGGGGACUUUGCCCAGGCGAUGGGCUCAGUGCUCCGGAGGCCGGCCUUCUUGCCCCUGCCAAGCUUUGUGGUGUCUGCCAUCUUCGGGCCUGAGCGGAGCGUCAUGUUGCUUGAAGGGCAGCGGGUGGUGCCCAAAAGGACCCUGGAAAGCAACUACCGCUUUGCGUUCCCCGAUCUCACCUCUGCCCUGCAGGACAUUCUAGCCUGAGUCAGGAAAAUGGCUUGCUCUGGGGGAAGAGAUGCAUUACUUGAAUCUACAUGCACCGUGCAGGGACGGUGGGGUGGGGGGCACAAAUUAUUUGCCCCCUCGGCAGUCCCUGUCCAGAUCCCCGCACUCCGCCCUAUACGUGCUGUUUUAUCUAGAAAAGCAAAAGCCAGCUCCCCUUGACAGCAACGGGAGAUUUUCUCCCAGAUUGGAUCGUGCACGCUGGGGACCCUGAUCUGGAUUGGGACCAUAGCAGGGGUAAAGAGCGUAAGCCGCCUCCCAUUGUGGCCCCAAUCCAGAUCAGUUUCCCACAUGUGCACUUCUUUACGCGGAAAGAAUUGUAGUUCAUGCUGAAUUAAUAUAACAUUUGACUCUUA